AUGUCCACUGACAUUUUUUUGUGCAACAUUUGUAAAACAGAUCGAUCAUUUAACAAGUUUCCAGAAUAUUUUCGACAUAUAACAUUAUAUCAUGCCAAUGAACCUAAUUUUAAAUUAACAUGUAAUUUAUCAGACUCGUGUGGUGUUAUGUAUAAAACGUUUACAGCAUAUAAAACGCACGUUCAUCGAUAUCAUAAAGCAUUACUCAAUUCGUCAUUUGAACAACGCGGAAACAAUGACACAGAUGAUAUUAAUCAAUUAUCUUUUUUGCAACCUGAGACAACAGCUGACUGUUCAACCAUAUAUGACAAUAAUGAAGACAACAUUAUAUACACUGAUUUAAUGGAUGAUAAUCCAGAUGAUAAAUGGAAUAUUUUUAAAACAAAUAAUUCUUUUGAUGAUGGAAAAAUAAAUCUUAACACGGUUCAUCAACAAUACACACGAUUUUUACUUGAAAUGAGAGAAGAACACAUUUUGCCUCAAACAGUAAUUCAAUCAAUUACAACACAUAUAGUCAAUUUAUUCGAUAUUAUCAUAGAGCUUGUGGAAGAACAAGCAAAACAAGAAAAUUUAGCUGAACAACAACCAACAGCAGCAAGUAUUUCGAUUGAUGGUUUACGUAAAACCAUAAAGAAAAUUGAACAAGCAAUUACUCUUUCAACACGAAACGAAUAUCAAUUUCUUCAGUCAUGCAAAAAGUUUUUUGAUUAUUCACCUCCAGUAGAAAAUAUUCUUUCAUCAAAUCAAUCAAAAAAUGAACAAUCGUAUUAUAUACCUAUUAAACAUUCAUUAAAAAAAAUUUUACAAAAAGAUGAAAUGAUUCCACUUUUAGUUGAAAAUAUUCGAAGUCAAGCUGCGCUAAAUCAUAGUGAUCGUGAUUUGAUGUUCUCAUUUAGAGAUGGGAUUAAAGGUGAAAAAAUCAAUAAACAAUCGUUUUUGAUUCAAUUAUAUGUUGACGGUAUUGGGGUUACCAACCCUUUGGGAUCUAAAAAAGAUCAACACAAAUUAACACUAGUAUACUUUGCAUUGGAAGAUAUACCAGAUAUAUUCCGAUCUACAUUGCAGUGUAUUAAUCUUGCAUCUAUUUGUUAUACUAGAUAUUUAAAUAAUAAUGAAAAACUAAAGAAAUUUUAUGAACCAAUUGUUCAAGACUUAAAUGAUCUACAAAAUACUGGUUUAGUUAUUAACACAUUCAAUAGUCAAAUCUUGUUCACAUUUACAACAAUUGCUGCUGAUAAUCUUGCAGCUCAUGAAGUUGC